UCGAAUAAUUCUAAUUGAUUCAGAUCAUCAUGGAUUCUGAUGAAAUUUACGAUGGUCCCUGGCAAUUCGAUCCACGUUAUGACCAAUAUCCAGGCUACGACUACACAAAAGACCCAAGAGUAGUGAUCGUCGAGAGAACUGACACCCGUGACAAAGACCAAGAGAAAAACAAUGAUAAUGAUGAUGGCAUGCAGGGGUCCGAAAGCAGUGGUCGUUCCGGCAGCGGAAAUUGACGCCCGUUACAGAAUGGAAUCAUUGAUAUAGAAUAUAAUGAUGAUGACAUGGUAUUAUAAAUUUAUGCGUCUCUUUUUUUAAAAUAUCGAUUCAUUCUAAUAAACUCGACAACAUUCCUCAAAGAAUAAAAGACUGUUUGGUUA